AUGCGGUUGCUAACGUUCUGUUACUUCGCCUUUGCGGUAUUUCUCGCUACUCCCGCCUCCGCAAGUCUCUACGAGUCUGUACAAAGGUACUUUCGUGCAAUCUCCAUUCCUUUCAAGAACUCUCUGUUGCCAUGUGACUGUGUUAAUUCCAUUCUCGACUGUUCGCGGCGCGGCAAAAAGGUUCUGACUGCACAAGACGCGUGUUCCAGCCCGGUCAUCGAACUGAACCUUUUUGAAAAUGCGUUACCCGAGUUCCCGGAAGGAUUCACGUCAGCUGUUGUCGUCAACGCUUCACGGAACAAGUUCACUGCUUUACCUCCUGCGUCCCGGCUGAACCCGGGGAUACAAGUUUUAGAUCUCUCUGGAAACUUCAUAGAGGUUGCGGAGUCCGAGUUUCGGACUUUCGCAGCUUUACAAUCGCUGAACCUGCAAGAUAACUACAGAAAUAUCACUCACCUCCGCUUCCUUCCUGAUCCAUGUGCGCUGCGACAUCUGGAUAUCAGCAACAAUGAAAUUGUAAAUCUCGAAGGACCUCUCAGAAAAUGCGCUAGGCUCGAGACUUUAGAUUUAUCUCGCAACGAGUUGACAUCGUUACCUGCAGACGUGUUUUCAACGUUUUCGAGAUUGAAAACUCUUAGUUUGAGCGGUAACCAGAUUCAAAAUGUCUCAUCAUCUAUAUUUUCAACGCUCAGAAAUCUACGGAGGUUGGAAUUGGAAAAUAUGCAUCUGGAUACACUUCCAAAUGGGUUAUUUAAUGCUUUGCAGCAUUUGGAAUAUUUGACAUUGGCUAGAAACAACAUCUUCUCAUUGCCAACGAACAUAUUCUCAACUCUCGUUAAUCUCAAACAUUUAAAUCUUGGAAAUAAUGUAAUUCAUGCUUUUCCUGAGAAUCCUCUUAGAAGUCUGUCAUCAUUAGAAACGUUGGACUUGUCACAUAACCAAAUAAGCGAUCUGCCCGAUGGUGCAUUUUCUGAAUUUCCUCGAUUAAAACAAGUAAUCUUAUUAAGUAAUCCUCUAGCUUCAAUACCUGUGGAUGCCUUCCACAACGCCGUGAAAUUACAGGAAGUUGUCCUCGGAAAUCACGAACUAGCGCCUCUAUUAGCUGGGACAUUUUCCGAAUCCAGUAACCUUACGUUUGUGUUAGUUUCGAUUUCUAACUUGAAUUCCAUAAAUCUUGCAGCAUAUUCACGUGUCACCGCUUUUGGAAUUUUAAACAGCGCAUUUGCUUCUCUUCCUGACAGAGCAUUUGCAUCUCUACCUCGCCUUAAGUUUCUCUCGCUGAGUUCAAACUCCGUGGGUUCACUGUCUCAAAAUACUUUCGUUGGCCUGCCUCAUCUCGAUUUUCUCGUUCUUUCUGGAAUUGGAAUUUCUUCUAUCCCAGGGCGAGCGUUUUCUCAACUACUUCAACUGAAGCAUCUCCUUUUGGAUCAGAACCAUCUUACUACACUUCCUGACAGACUUUUUUCCGGACUGAGUCGGUUGUGUGUCCUGAAGUUGAACCACAACAGGCUGACAAAUAUUCCUGGUGGAAUAUUUCAAGGCCUAAGUGCGUUAGAAAGACUGGAUUUGUCCCACAAUCAACUCACGACGUUACCGCCAAAUAUAUUUUCUAAUCUCGUCUCCCUCAUAGAAUUAGAUCUCCGGCUGAACGACUUAACGACACUUCCACUGUAUGAUGCUUCUUGCACAUCUUUGAAGAUUGCGAUGUUCUUCGAAAACCCCUUCUCACAAGUGCGCGAAAACGUUUUGCGCUCGUGGAUGAAUUCCGGAAGCGUGGAGUACUUGAACAUCGAGGACACGUCGUCGGCGCUGCGUCUGGGAGACGUGGCAUGGCUGCUGCGGGAGCCCGGGCUGGCCGCCGGGGAAGACGUGUUCGGGGAGCGCUGCCAGUGUGGAGUGUUUCGACGCAGCCGCUUCCAGCUGCGGCUGUGCGUCAGCGUGGAGUGCAACUCCACCUUCAGAAGUCGCCCCGGUGAUUGGCUCGCCUCCACGCCGGCACGCCUGCGCGCCGCCACGCGUCUCUGA